AUGAUAACAUACGUUAUUUCUAACAAUGACAGUGGGAUUGAAAAGGUAUUAAAGCUUAUAGACACAGAUUAUCAACCGGUUUCUUAUGUUAACAAUACUUUACCCAAUAAAUUAUUUUCAAUUAUAGAUCAUAGAAAGUACAAAUUUUGUGAAAAUGACCAAUUCAUGUCACAAUUUAAUUAUUUGAAAUUAAAUAAUGUUGAUGAAUUAUAUGAUUUCAUCGUUAAGAAACAAGCAGGUCUUGAACAGAGAACAUCAAAAGAAUUUGUUGUUAUUGAAGAUUUCCGUCAGUUGGUUAAUUCCAGUAAUAAUAUCUAUGGCGAUUUAAACUUUAAGAUAAUAGAAAUCCUUAUCGGCCUUAAACGAUACGAAAGUUUUAUCAUCGACACCCAACAAAACAAAUUCGUCAGUUAUUAUAUUGAUCAUUUAGAAGUGGUAGAUUAG